UUUGCACGUCGCUCUCUGUCCUUCCUGUCGACAAAAUCCCUGAAAGCUCUCUCUCUCUCUCUCUCACAUGGCUUCAGACUCCCGCCGGAAAGGAUGACGGACUCCGCCGAGCGUCACACUCCGGCCAUAUCCACAUCUAAACCUCUGGCCGCAUCUCCCAACUCCUCCCUGCGAAAUCACCAGAAUCCCCACCACUGGAAAAUCAGAAACCGAACAUUUCCCGCCGCCGAAAUCCGUCUGAGGAAGGACUCCUCACGGUCCAGAAAGAGAAUCGUUCCGGCAACACCUCGCUUCGGGUGGAAGUUCGACGAAGCAAAUCUCUCCGUUCGUAAACUGCCAGCGCCCAGGGAGAGGAAACCUGGCCGGAAAAGGAGGAGCCGAGAUGGGGUUAGGGUUUCUGCAAGGAAGCUUGCUGCUGCUCUCUGGCAUCUGCAGCUGCCGGAAGCUUCCAGAAGCUUCCGAAGGCAGCGGAAAGGGCCUCCGGAAAUAGUAAGGUUUGAGCCUGCAGUUGGGCAUGUACAAGUUCCACAUAACGGCAAUCCCAAUAAGGCAGAUUUUGAUUUAGGACCACAUGCUCAGUUUUGGAGUUCUUUUUCCAUCCCACAUCUGAAGAAUGGUUUCUUUUCUAAGCUCCAACCUUCCAUGCAAAUCUCCAAUUCUUCAAUGGAGAGGGCAACAAAAUGGGACCCAGGAUGCUCAAUUACAAUGGAUAACAUUUACAGGUUCCGUAAUCACUUCAAUACUCUGGAACACCAACAAAUCAGUUCGAUUUCAGUCAUUUCCACACUGCAGGCAGAAAUCAAGCAGUCCAGGGCCCACAUUCACGAGCUCAAGACUGAGUGCCGAUCUUCCAACAAGAAACUCAAGAGCUUCGUGAGGAAGCUCACCGAGGAAAAGGCCUCAUGGCGCAGGAAAGAACAUGAGAAAUUACGUGCGGUAAUUGAUGGUGUGAAGAAUGACUUGAAUAAAGAGAGGAAGAUCUGUGAACGGAUGGAAAUCUUGAACAACAAGUUGGUUGGUGACAUUGCUGAGGCCAAGCUAUGUGCGAAGCGGUUCUUGCAAGACUAUGAGAAAGAGAAAAAAGCUAGAGAAAUCUUGGACGAGGUGUGUGAUGAGCUGGCAAAUGAGAUUGGAGAGGACAAAGCAGAAGUUGAAGCGCUGAAGCGGGAAUCCUUGGCGAUCUGCGAGGAAGUGGAAGAAGAGAGGAAGAUGCUGCAGAUGGCAGAGGUUUGGCGUGAAGAGAGGGUUCAGAUGAAGUUGAUUGAGGCAAAACUGGCACUUGAAGAGAAGUACUAUGAGUUGAGCAGACUAAUAGCUGAUGUUGGUACCUUUCUAAGUUCGAGAAGUCCUACCUCAGAUGUGGUUGACAUGAGGAAAGAUGAGUUGCCUGGAAAUAUUGCCAACUCGGUAGUGAUCAAAGACAUUGAGGAACUCUCAUAUCAACCUCGUAGGACUUUGGAGGACAUUGUCUCUGUGUAUGAAGAUCUCCAUUCUGGUGAACCUAAUGAGAGAGACAUCGAGCCAUGCUGUGGCUACACUCCCACAAGUGAUUCCUCCAAAAUCCAUAUUGAGAAUCCUGAGAUUGAUGAUCUUAAUGAAAGCCGUGUGCCGAGAUCUAAGAAUAGGAGUGUAGAUAGAAAUGGGGAUGUAGAAGAUGGUAGCAGCUGGGAAACUGCGAACCAUGGUGAGCAGCACGGCCAUGGUAUUUCACGUGAUGGAAGCAACCUUUCUGUUAGUGGGCUGCAUAAAGAGAGGAAUGCUUUGGGAAGUGGGACAGAGUGGGGAGAAGAUGCAGAUUACGACCUGAUAAAUAGGGAAAUCAGUGAAGUUUAUGGUGUAUCAACAAGGAAAUCUAGGAAGAAGGCAUCAUCAAUAUUGAGGCUUUGGAAACCUUACCAACAUAAUAGUGAUAACUACAAGAUGUUCUCAGUUGAAGCGAUGGACAGAAGGCUUUCAAAUGGAAGGAUUUCUAGUGGGGCUGCAUCAGACAGGGGGUCGGCUCAAGUGGGCAUCAACCCUUGGAGUUUGGGGCACUGGAGCUCACCUGAUUCGGGGAAUCCUCACAUAAAACAAGGGAUGAAAGGGUGCAUUGAAUGGCCACGGGGGAUCCAGAAGAGUAGCUUGAAGUCGAAGCUUUCUGAGGCAAGGGUGGAAAGCCAAAAAAUUCAGGUGCACCAUAUCCUUAAACAGAAUACUUGAAUAUGCUAGAAUUUUUUUUGGGAAUACUACCUCCUGCAUGCUCAUUCAAUGUAUCUAUGAUUGGAACCAUUUAGAAUAACAUGUGGGAGAAUCAGUUUCAUUGGUAUUAAGCUGCCUUUUGUUU